AAUCCAUUAGAAUCUAGAUCGCUGGUGUGUGGCCACAGGCCACAGGUUUCUCUUUCUAGUUAAAUGUUCUCAUGUUUUUUGUUAAUAUAUGUAAACACGCGUUGUUCAAUGUUAUCGAGAAAAUUGAAAUAUUAUAUGACACGUGUCAUUUAAGAAUUGAAUUAUUAGGAAAAAGAACCUCACAAGGAAAAUAGAUUUUCGUCGAUAAUGACAGAGAAAGUGCGAAGAUACGAGAAAAUCGACUUUUUAGGUGAAGGACAGUUUGCCACGGUUUACAAGGCAAGGGAUGUAGAAACAAAUAAAAUUGUAGCUGUGAAAAAGAUUAAAGUCGGAAGUCGUGCAGAAGCUAGAGAUGGCAUAAACCGAACUGCUUUACGAGAAAUUAAACUGUUGCAAGAAUUAAAGCAUGACAAUAUCAUUGGCCUAUUAGAUGUUUUUGGUUAUAAAUCAAACGUGUCAUUGGUAUUCGACUUUAUGGACACUGAUCUAGAAGUGAUAAUAAAAGAUAGCAAUAUAGUUUUAACCGCAGCCAAUAUAAAAGCAUACAUGAUUCAAACUCUACAAGGCCUAGACUACCUUCACUUCAAUUGGAUACUUCAUAGAGAUUUAAAGCCGAAUAAUUUAUUGGUGAAUUCAGAAGGUGUUCUCAAAAUAGGAGAUUUUGGCCUGGCAAAAUUCUUUGGGUCACCCAACCGGAUAAACACUCACCAAGUGGUCACAAGAUGGUACAGAGCGCCUGAAUUACUAUAUGGCGCUAGACUUUAUGGAACUGGAAUUGACAUGUGGGCAGUGGGCUGUAUAUUGGCUGAGCUUCUGUUGCGAGUGCCAUUCUUGCCUGGGGAAUCCGAUUUAGAUCAACUCACUAAGAUAUUUCAAACGUUAGGCACUCCGACGGAAGAAACAUGGCAAGGAAUGACUGAAUUGCCAGACUUUAUUCAAUUCAAACCCUUUCCUGGCAUGCCUUUGAAGCACAUAUUUACUGCUGCCGCUGAUGAUCUUCUGGAUUUAAUUGCUAGUCUCUUGAAUGUGAAUCCACUGGAAAGGUGUACAUGUGAUCAAGCGUUGCAAAUGCCAUACUUUAGUAAUAAACCCGCACCCACAGAAGGCCCUAAACUGCCUCUACCUACAACUGUUAAACGUCAACGUGAAGAGAAACCUAGUCUGAAACGAAAAUUGUUAGAAUCGAUAGAAGGAGCCUCUUUAGCUAAAAGAUUACAAUUUUAAUUGUGAUUUAAUGUCGGAAUAAGUAGACGAAAUGAAAAAUUGCUACCUCGAUACGAGAGUACCAAUGAAUACCUUUUGAAAGAUCAAAGAAACAGAUUCUUUUAUUGUGAUAAUGUAUGUCGAAGUAUCGUUUAUAUAUAUAUAUAUAUAUAUAUAUAUAUAUAUAUAUAUAUAUAUAUAUAUGUAAUGUAGUAAAUAAUUUUGUAAUUCGAAUUAUACCUAUUUAUAUACUACAUACAAAAGCAUAAAUCACGAUAUUUUCGUUAAUCAAUGAUAAAAAAUUAAGAGUGAGAAAUUCAUAUAACCGGCAGUAAUAAUAUAAUAUUGGAAAACAAUAUUAUGUUACAAUAUCUUUAUUAACUUAUAUUUCAUGAAUAAUCUGAAUUUUAUCAAAAGCCUCUCACCGAACUCACUACAAUCCUGCCAAUGCACUUUUUUUUUAGAUAAUGGCCAAUGUGAUUGUAUUGUAUCAAAAUUGCUUCUAUCAUCGGUGCACAUUUGUAUCCAAUUAGUGUACAUACAUGAAAUUAUAAAUCAAUACCGUUGGGCAAUAUAAUAAAGAUACAAUUUAAUAUAAGAUUAUUCUUUUUAUUAUAUUAAUGUAUAUGUUAAAAUAAAUCAGCCACAUGCAGAUAUAAUGAAUA